UUGGCCAGCUGAAGCUUAAAUCUCCCUAUAUAAAUCCACCACCACACCUUAACCUCUCCAUCUCUUCUCCAUUCUUCCAUUGCUAUAGCUAGCAAACAGCAACAGAUACUCAGCUCAGCCAUGGAGAAAACAAAAUCAUGUGUUCUUCUGGCUUUCUUUCUCGUAUUCGUCUCCUGGGAAGCCUCCAUUGUUGAAGGUGCAAAUGGCAAGAAGGACCCUCUUGAUCCUGCUAUAACUCAUUAUGUGAUGAGGCCUCCAUUAUCUUCAGGCCAUGAACAAGCUUUGUGCCAGGCCAGAGGGAAAUGCUUUAACAAGAUCUUGGUGUGUCCAGAUCAAUGCAAAGUAAGGAAGCCUGUGAAAAACAAGAAGCAGAAGGGAUGCUUCAUGGACUGCAGCAGCAGAUGUGAAGCCACCUGCAAAUGGAGAAGGCCUAGAUGUAAUGGGUAUGGCUCUCUGUGUUAUGAUCCUCGGUUCGUCGGUGGUGAUGGUGUGAUGUUCUACUUCCAUGGAGAAAAGGGAGGAAACUUUGCCAUUGUCUCUGAUGAAAGCCUACAAAUCAAUGCACACUUCAUUGGAACUCGGCCGCAAGGGAGGACUCGAGACUUCACAUGGGUGCAAGCCCUCUCUAUCAUGUUUGAUACUCACACACUAGUCAUUGCAGCAAAGAGAGUCUCACUCUGGGAUGACAAUGUUGAUGCUCUUCUGGUAAAAUGGGAUGGUAACACAGUUGAUAUCCCGGCCGAUGGGGACUCGGAAUGGAGGACUAAUGGAGAAGAAAGAGAGGUUUUAGUUGAAAGAACUGAUGAUAUUAACACUAUAAGAGUUGCAGUCUCAGAUUUGGUAGAGCUGAAUAUAAAGGUGAGACCAAUCGGGAAAGAAGAGAACAGGAUUCACAAUUACCAGUUGCCAGCAGAGGAUGCAUUUGCUCACCUGGAGACACAGUUCAAGUUUUUCAACCUGACAGAUGUUGUUGAAGGAAUCUUGGGGAAGACAUACAGGCCAGAUUAUGUUAGUCCUGUUAAGGUUGGAGUUGCUAUGCCAAUGAUGGGUGGAGAGGACAAGUACAAAACUCCAUCACUGUUUUCAAAUCUUUGCAGCGUUUGCAGAUUUCAAAGGGAGUAUAGCUCUGAAACAACUCAGGGGAUUUCUGAAUACUGAUAACAGAUAAUAGAAGUAAAGAUUAGCAAAUACGAUAUUAAUGUGUAUGUGGUUUUGUGUCGCUGUAAUCUUUGUAUUUGGAUUGAAAUUAUAAAUAAAGAAAGUUUGAAUAUUUGUUUA